AUGAAUUUGUUCAACGAGAAUAAAAAUAAUUCUUCUCUAUUUUCUUCAAAAAAAUCUCUAUUAAAUUAUCGAACAUGUACACCUUGUUGUCCAUAUGAUACUAAUAAUUUAUUUCAUCCAAAAUUUAAUAAUUUUUCUACUAUUGAAACAGAUAUUAAAGAAAAUAAUUUAAUAAAAAAUCCAGAUACAUGUUGUUUAAAUAAACUUCAAGUUGAUUGUCGUAUUCAAUGUUAUAAAAAAAAAAAAAAACAUAAUAAAAUGAUAAAAAAUAAACGAUAUAAUCCUAUACAUUCAUCUCAAAAUUUAAAAAGAAGUAUUUCAUUAUCAAGCCAAUUAAGUUCAAAUAAAAAACGAAAAAAAUUUGAUUCAACUACAAAUAUAAACAGUCAUUAUAUUCAUAAUUAUGAUAUUGAUAGUCAAACAUCUUCUUCAUCACUUUCAACAUUAUCAAAUACAAAUGAAAGUGAAAUAACUGAACAAACAUAUUCUUCUAUUGAAUCAGAAAGAAAAUAUAAAUAUAAGAAUAAAUCUGCAAAUGCACAACAACAUUAUAAAAGAAGCCAAUCAAGAUUACGUAUAAAUCAAAAUAUUCAAGAUUUAAAAACUUCAAUUAAUAAUCUGUCUGAGUUAAUUGUUCAACAAAAAAAUCCUUGUCAAAUAUCUUCAUUACCUAAUCAAUCAAUAUCAUUUCUUGAUAAAAUUCGUCGAUUUUUUACUUUAUUUAAAUCUUCAUCAAAAUCAACUAAAGAUUUAAUCAAUGAAGAAUGUUGUCGAAUUCUUGAAUAUCACCAUUUAACCAAACAAAAUCUUCUUAGUAUCUAUCAUUUAUUUGAUAAAAAUGAAACUAUAUUUCUCAAUUGGGCACAUUUAAAUAAUAAUGAACCAUUAUGUAUUGUACAAGGAUGUCCAAAUGGUAUUCAAACAAAUCCAUCUAUACAAUAUUUUGCUGUACCAGUACAUGUGGCAAAUAUUGCUGCAGCAUGGUAUAAAAAUACUAUGCGUACUGAUUUAAUACCAUCACAUACACAUCGUAUAUGUGAACAACAUUUUGAAGAACCAUGUUUUGAUUAUGUUGGAAAUAAUACAAAAGUACUUAAACCAAAAUCAUUACCAACAUUAUUUGAUUUAGAAGUUUUCUAUAAAAUGAUUGCAUAUCAAGAUAAAUUACAAGAAUCAAAUAAAACAAUUAAAAAAACAAAUAUUACAUUUCAUACAAGUAAUCCUGAUUUAGAUGGACGAACAUUGGAACCUAUAUUAAAAAUGAAUCUUGAAAGUGGUCAUGUUAAAACACGUUUAGCACCAACAACAUCAAUGAAUCAUAUACAACAAGAACAAAUUGAUAAUAAAAAUCAAUCAUUUAUUGUUAAUAAACCAUCAUUAAAUCAUCAUGAUAAUUUUGAAAAUAAAGCAUCAAAUCGUUGUCAUAUUGAAGGUUGUGCACAUAAUUAUGUUGCACGUCGUCAUCGUGUACAAUUAUAUAAAAUACCACGUGAUCCAAUAAUAGCUCGUAAAUGGCUUGAUAUAUGUGGUUAUGAAAAUCAUCCCGUAUCAUCAUCAACUUCAACAUUUAAAAUUUGUCGUGAACAUUUUACUCAAAAUGAUUUUGAAGGACCUACAACAUUACGUCCUGAUGCUGUACCAUCACUUUUUACAACAUACUCACGUUCACUUAUGGAUAAACUUAAUUUGAAUGAUUCAAAUUUAUCAGCUAAACGUUUUCGAUCUGAUAUGGCAAGUAUACGCGCUAAACAAACAACACCAGUAAAUAAUAAUAAUAAUAAUAAUAAUAAUAAUAAUUUAAAUAAUAAACGCAUGCAAAUACCUUAUCGAAAUAAUAGUAAACAAUAUCAUCAUCAUGAACAACAAACACUUUCACCAUCACCAAUACGUGAAAAUUUCGAUGAUACUAUGAAACAAUUAUUAAAUGAAACAAAACAAACAAUUGAUAUUGAAUUAAAUAUGAAUUGUAUGGAAGAACAAUUAUCUGAAGUUCAAUUAGCACAUUGUCCUGUUAAAGCUCUUGAUCGAACAGAUACAACAAAUGGUAUAGCACCAAAACCACGUAAUCCUGUUGGUCGCCCUCGUAUACAUCCUCGUGAACCACCAGCACCUCCACCACCACCAACAACAACUUCAAUGUCUAAUUCUACAACACGUCGUUCAACUUAUCGUACAAAUUAUAUUGAUGAUGAUACAAAUGAAUAUGAUGAAUAUGAUGAAUGGAAUCUUGAUGAAUUCGAUCAUAAUGAUGAUACAGUACGUGAUCGUGAUUGGCUUAAUCGUCAACAAGAUGAUCGUCCACCAUGGUCAAAACGAAAUAAUUCAACUGUUAAUAAUUAUUCAUCAACAUAUCAUCGUAAUAAUAAUAAUAAUAAUAAUAAUAAUAAUAAUAACGCAAAUUCUUAUCGAAAUAUUCGACAACCAAUGUCGUUUCAACAACAACAGCAACAACAACAACAACAACGUCAAACAAAUAAUAAUCAACAACGUCAAAAUCGUGGACAAUUUUAUCAAACACAAUUUGUUAAACCAGAACCAACACGAAAAGCUACAAUACCAUUUCUUCAACCAGCUUUCGCACCAAAUGCUUCUACACAAUAUCCACGUGAUCAACCAUUGCCUCGUCUUAAACCAGGCACAGUUAGAACGCGAGAAGAAGGUCUUGAAGUCGAACUUGAACAUACUUAUAAACGAGCUCUAUCAAAAUAUUAUGGUCAAAAACCCGGUCGAAAUUUACCAUUAUCCGAUUAUGGUGAUUUUCGUAGUCAAUGUCCUAUGUGUGAAAAUCUUCUAUUUGAUAAUAAUAUUCAAUUAAUUACACAUCUUUGUCAACAUUUUGAUCAACAAAAUAAUCAUGAACAACAACAAUUUCAACCAAAUACAAAUUCACCAUUUGAACAAAUAAAUACCAAAUGUUUACAUUGUCAAUCCGAAUUUUCAAAUCCAUAUUUUCUUGCUAUACAUAUUGAUGAUAAACAUAUGCUUGAAAUGAAUGAAUAUCGUUGUCGUAUAUGUGAACAACGUCAUACAUCAUUAUUAGAAUUAAUAGCACAUUUAAAUUUAUGUCAUUGUGGUUUAGAAAUGCCAUAUUAUUGUGAAGUAUGUUCAUUUCGUACAUCCAUGCAUGCUGAUAUGAUUUAUCAUAUUGAUGAAGUACAUAAAGGCACAAGAUAUUUCUUUUGUCCAUAUUGUUUUAUUGCUAUUGAAUUACCAUUUAUAACAAAUUCAUCAACAAUAAUUAAUGGAACAUUAGCUUAUAAACAUUUAUUAUUACAUUUUAAUAAAGUUGAUCAAGGACGUACAAUACAAUCAAAAUUUAAACAUUGUAGAAAAUGUGUUUUACAGGUUGGAUCUAUGAAAGAUCAUUUACAACGUGAUCAUUUAAAUAUAGUUGAUGGAAUUAAAGCUACAUACUAUGAUGAUGAUGAAAAUCUAGAGAAACAAAGUGAUGAAGGUGAACAAUAUGAUGAUUCAAUAAUGGAUACGUCUUCAUUACCUAUUGAUAAAUCGUCAACAGCAAGAUAUGUGACACCGGCAAAGAGUGGAUAA